AUAGAAGAAGAAGUGCAAGCAAAACCCAAAGAUACGACGCCGUUGGCCGCACAGCACUGAAUCGCGUUUUCCUCCUCCUUUUUCCCAGAAAGCAAAAUUCACAUCGUCUCUCUCUCUCUCUCUCUCUCUCUCUCUCUCUCUCUCUAUCUCUCUGAGAGUGUGAAUCGAAACACAGAGAGGGAAGAGAAGAAGAAGAAGAAGAAGAAGAAGAAGCAGUUACAGUGAGAAUUCGACGAAAUGUCAGUGCAAGAAUACCUCGAUAAGCACAUGCUUUCUCGAAAACUCGAAGAUGCCGUCAACGCCGCCGUCCGGGCCAAAACCUCCGAUCCCGUUCUCUUCAUCUCGAAUCACAUGAAGAAAGCAGUGCAAUCGGUGAUCACGAGAGUGAAAGCGAGGCAGAUCCUCGAUAGCAGAGGGAUUCCAACUGUUGAAGUUGAUCUUCACACUAACAAAGGCAUGUUCCGUGCUUCUGUUCCCUCCGGCAACUCCUCCGGCAUGUACGAGGCUGUCGAGUUAAGGGAUGGGGACAAAGCUGUGUAUCUUGGAAACGGUGUGGCUAAAGCUGUUAAAAAUAUCAAUGAGAAAAUAUCAGAGGCACUUAUUGGUAUGGACCCAACUCUGCAGUCCCAGAUUGAUCAGGCAAUGAUAGACCUCGACAAAACAGAGAAGAAGGGGGAACUUGGAGUCAAUGCUAUAUUAGCUGUUUCUAUUGCUGCUUGCAAAGCUGGGGCUUCUGAAAAGGAGGUUCCACUAUACAAGCACAUUGCUGACCUGUCUGGAAGAACUAGCCCACUACUUCCUGUUCCUGCCUUUACUGUUAUAAGCGGUGGAAAACAUGCUGGGAAUAAUCUGGCUAUUCAGGAAAUCAUGAUUCUUCCAGUUGGAGCUAGUAGAUUUGAGGAAGCACUGCGAAUGGGCUCUGAGACCUAUCAUCAUUUGAAGGCUGUUAUUACAGAAAAAUCUGGGGCCCAUAACUGUAAUGUUGGCGAAGAUGGUGGAUUUGCUCCUAAUGUCUCCAGCUUUAGAGAAGCCCUGGAUCUUGUAAAGGAGGCCAUUAGCAGAACUGGUUAUAAUGAGAAAAUAAAGAUAGCCCUUGAUGUCGCUGCUACAAAUUUUUGCAUAGGUAAAAGAUAUGACCUGGACUUUCAAUCUCCUCAAAAGUCAGGACAGAAUUUUAAGUCAGCAGAGGAUAUGAUUGAGCUGUACAAGGAACUAUGUUCUGAAUACCCAAUUGUAUCAAUAGAAGAUCCAUUUGACAAGGAAGAUUGGGAACAUAUCAAGUAUAUCUCUAGUCUUGGAAUAUGUCAGGUAGUUGGGGAUGAUCUCUUAAUGUCAAAUGCAAAACGCAUUGAGAGAGCAAUAACCGAAUCUGCUUGUAAUGCUCUUCUUCUGAAGGUCAACCAAGUUGGGACUGUUACAGAGGUCAUUGAAGUGGUGAAGCAGGCAAGGGAAGCGCAUUGGGGGGUGGUAAUGUCUCAUAGAUGUGGGGAAACUGUAGAUGCUUUCAUAGCUGACUUAUCUGUUGGCCUUGCUGCUGGUCAGAUUAAAGCAGGUGCUCCUUGCAGAGGAGAGCGGUUAGAGAAGUACAACCAGUUACUUCGGAUUGAGGAAGAGCUUGGAGAUCAAGCAGUUUAUGCUGGUGAAGAUUGGAGGCAAUAAGAAUGAACAAUUUCUUCAGAUUUAUUUUUUAGAUAUGCUUUUCUUCUGAAGUUUGAUAUAUGUAUGAGAGUUGAAGUUCAUUACUGUACUAUAUUUCCAACUUCUUUGCCGUAACUUCAUAUAGUAUGCAAAUAUUUUUUAGUCUCA